AUGUGCCAACUCAUCGGCGGCCUCUCCCGUGAGAUCCUGCGGCACCCGGCCGGCGCGCGUGCCGUGGCCGCCGGCGUUAGCGCGGACGCCGACGCCAGUGUCGCGUCGGCGGCGGUCGAGCUGCUGGGAGACGCCGUCAUUCACGGCGGCGGCAACGAGGUGGCAGCCUGCUGCGACGCAGGGGCGGUCGCCGGCCUCCUGCGUGUCGCCGCGCGCCGCGGCUGCGGACGUGGGCGGUGGCGCAAGGAGAUGCCCAACCAUUUGGUCGAGACGGCGGCGACGGUCUUGGCCGCCAUUUCAGAGGCAGAUUUGCAGGCCGGCCAGCCGUCGCGUGUUGCGGCCGCGCCCGCCUCGGCGGCGGCGCUCGUCGCGGGCCUGCGGGCCAGCCUGUCAGACCUGCAGCAGACCAGCCCCUUCCUCUUCGCGGGCUGCACGGCGUCUGAGCUGGCAAUCACUGCCUUCCUCACCGCGCAAGCCAACCCGCCAGGGGGCGCCGCGUGGGCGACCACCUUUGUGCAGCUGGGCGUGCCGCAGGUGCUGAUGCAAAUCCUGCAAUCGCUCAAGCCCUCUGCCAGCGGUGAGGGUUGCAUGUGGCCGCCGUUGUGGCCGGCGUCGGUUGCGGCAGCACUGUACUUGUUUGCCUCUCCAAACCUGAUUGCGGAGUUGCCAGCUGCCGCAGCAGCAAUGGCGGGAGAGCAGCAGCAGCAGCAGCAGCAGCAGCAGCAGCAGCAGCAGCAGCAGCAGCAGCAGCAGCAGCGGCGGCAGCAGCAGCAGGAUGGAAAUGACGUCAAGGCCGAUGGCGACGCCAGCAGCAGCCAGCAAGGUGCUGCAGCCGCGUUUGGGUGCGACAACGGCGGCGCGCGCAGCCGGCAGAUGCGGGCGGCGGCCGCGGUCGCCUUGGUGGGCGCAGGCCCCGAGUCUGCUCAUCCCCUGUGCCGCCUGGCUGCUGCCUGCCCCGGAAGCCGCGGCAACCUGGCUGUGGUGCCAGGGCUGCUGAGUGCAGUGUCGCGCACCGCAAGGGGCGUGGUUGGAAUGGACGCACACGGGGUCAACGCGUCAUGGCUCUCGCAGCGCACGCUGGGCUUGCUGGCAGCAGCUGUCGUGCCGCUGGAGCACCUGCCAGGUUAUGCGCACGCGUACGCAGCCAGGCAGCGAGCGGACUUUGCAUCACAGCCACCUCUACCUUCCGCUUUUCUGGAGGGGCGCGUGGCUGUGGAUGGACUGCUGAGGUGCAUUAUCAGCCACAGUAGCAGCCAGGGUGCUGCCUCCCAGGCAAAAGAGGCCCUGGCGGUCAUAGUGGAUCUGACGCAAGGAGAGGAACAGGUGCAGCAGCAGCGGCAGCAGCAGCGGCAGCGGCAGCAGCAGCAGCAGCAGCAAAAGCAGCAGCAGGAGUGCGGGCAGCAGCUCAAAAAGCACGAUGAUCAGGAGCAACAAAAGCAGCAGGAGCAGGAGGACCAUCGUCAGCAAGGCUUGCCCGACACAGAGGCGGAGCGGCGCAUGCCAGGGCGGGCGGGAGACGGUCAGGGGCAGGAGGAGCAGAACCCCCACACCCCUGCAGCAGAGCGCCAGGCAGGCCCAGCAAGCAUGGCGCCCGUCAUGGCAUCCGGCCCCAGCGGGCCCAAGCAGCACCACGCCUGCGCCGUGUGCGGCAGGACGGCGCGCGAGGGCGCCAUGCUGCGGCGCUGCGCGGGCUGUGGCCGUGUCACGGGAACGCGGUACUGCAGCCAGGAGUGCUGCAGGACAGACUGGGUGGUGAGGGGACACCGCGCGGUGUGCGAGGCGGCGCGGCGUGGCGGCGGCAGCAGCAGCAGCGGUCAGCCGAAGGGUGUUGGUGCAUGA